CUGUGUGGAUGAGGCUUUCAAUUCUAGUUCUGUAAGGUGAAGAUAAAACUCACUAUAAAAUGUCUAGUGAGACUUUCCCCUUCACAGCUGCCACCCUACGAUCUCUACAAAGGCAGAGAGAACAGCUGGAGAAUGAGGACCGGAGAAGGGCUGUGAACAGGCAGUGUCUCACCCGCAGAUUCCUGCCAAACAGACAGCCUUUGAACCCCCCUGCCAACCGGAGACGCCAAUACUGCAGAGAUGCGGUCAUCCAUAAUGCACUAUAUACAGGAGACUUUGAAAGGAUCAGAGGAAUAUUCAAAGAAGAUGGCUCAGCAGAAGUUGUGGUGGAGACAACUAGUGAAGAACUACAGUGGUCUCCAGAAAUGGGUCUCUGGUCAUUAAUGCCUAAAAAGUCUCACACUACUCCCUUGCGUAUUACUGCUGCUCGGGGCUACUCUGACUGUGUACGGCACUUAAUAUCCCGUGGAGCUAAUCCCAAUUCCAUAGUGGGUGGCCGAGGAGCACUGCAUGACUCCUGUGAGGGGCACCACGCAGAGUGUACCCAAAUGUUGCUGAGCCGUGGAGCAGACCCCAAUCUACAGAGCGAAGAUGGUCUGGCACCGCUCCACCUCUGUACCACAGUGGAAACACUGGUAUGUGCGAAACAGCUUUUGGAAUUCGGUGCUCUUGUCAAUCUUCCCUGCCGUUACACGCGUGCUACUCCACUACAUGUGGCAUCGGUACAUCGCCUGAAAGAACAUGUGGCGUUAUACUUGAGCCUAGGGGCUGACCCAUGUGCACGGAACCGUGAGGAAGAGACACCUCUAAAUGCAGCAUGUGCUGCUUCUGAUUCCCCACAGUACUUUGGUCACAUUUUUAGGGUGGCAGAGAUGCUCUUGAAGGCAGGAGGCAACCCUGACACUCCAGGAAAGAAGGGUCAUGGACCCCUGCACAAUGCCAGCUCUAACUGCCAUCUGAGGUUAGUGCAAAUGCUUCUCGACCAUGGGGCAUCUGUUAAUGUAACAAACAGCGCUGGUUACACCCCCCUGGAUUGUGCUCUGCAGGUGUGCAGCGAUUAUCCGGAGUGUCAGCCCCACCAGUUGGUACAGACACUAUUGAAUCAUGGCUCAACUCCCUCUAGUGUCAAGAUGUGGCGGUUCUGUGCUGCUUCACCCCUGGCCUUUGAGAUCCUUCUCAAUUCAUAUGAUCGAAUCCCAUCAGGAGAUUUCUGGGUGGAAUCUGUGCCUACUGAUAUAUGGGAGGAACACCGCAGCUUUUAUGAGUCAGUACUGCGAGUUACAAAUCAACCUCGCUGUCUUCAGCACCUUGCCCGAUGUGCCGUGAGGAAGCAACACAGCGGACAAUGGCACCAAAAUAUUUCACAUCUAGGAUUACCACCUGCACUGAAAACCUACCUCCUGCUACAUCCAGAGGGUUUCAUCCACUAAACAGUGUGCAUGGAUGCAGUGGUGUGCUGUACUCUGUGAUUCCACUACUAUUCUAUAUAUCUACUGGGCAAAAACUAAUGGGGGUACCAGCACGGAGUUAUUCAUUUUCCAUUGCAUAUAAAUUAAAUAUAAUUAGGGUGCACACUUUAUAAAAUAAUAAGAUUUUAAACCUACCGGUAAAUCUUUUUCUCCUAGUCCGUAGAGGAUGCUGGGGACUCCGUAAGGACCAUGGGGAUAGACGGGCUCCGCAGGAGACAUGGGCACUUUAAGAAAGACUUUAGAUCUGGUGUGUACUUGCUCCUCUCUCUAUGCCCCUCCUCCAGACCUCAGUUAGAGAAACUGUGCCCAGAGGAGACGGACAGUACGAGGAAAGGAUUUUUGUUAAUCCAAGGGCAAGAUUCAUACCAGCCACACCAAUCACACCGUAUAACUUGUGAUAUACUAUCCACUUAACAGUAUGAAAACGACAUAGCAUCAGUCCAAGACCGAUGAGACUAUAACAUAACCCUUAUUUAAGCAAUAACUAUAUACAAGUCUUGCAGAAGUAGUCCGCACUUGGGACGGGCGCCCAGCAUCCUCUACGGACUAGGAGAAAAAGAGUUACCGGUAGGUUUAAAAUCUUAUUUUCUCUUACGUCCUAGAGGAUGCUGGGGACUCCGUAAGGACCAUGGGGAUUAUACCAAAGCUCCCAAAUGGGCGGGAGAGUGCGGAUGACUCUGCAGCACCGAUUGAGCAAACAGGAGGUCCUCCUCAGCCAGGGUAUCAAACUUAUAGAACUUUACAAAGGAGUUUGAACCCGACCAAGUAGUAGCUCGGCACAGCUGUAGCGCCGAGACCCCUCUGGCGGCCGCCCAAGAAGAGCCCACCUUCCUAGUGGAAUGGGCCUUGACCGAUUUAGGUAACGGCAAUCCCGCCGUAGAAUGCGCCUGCUGAAUCGUGUUACAGAUCCAGCGAGCAAUAGUCUACUUUGAAGCAGGGGCACCAAUCUUGUUGGUUGCAUACAUGACAAACAGUGCUUCUGUUUUUCUGACUGUAGCCAAUCUGACCACGUAAAUUUUCAAAGCCCUGACCACAUCAAGGGACUCGGGAUCCUCCAAGUCACGCAUAGCCACAGGAACCACAAUAGUUCAUAUGAAAGGAUGAAACCACUUUUGGCAGGAAUUGAGGACGGGUCUGCAAUUCCGCUCUAUCCGUAUGGAAAACCAGAUAGGGGCUUUUAUGUGAUAAAGCCGCUAAUUCCGACACUCGCCUAGCCGAAGCCAAGGCUAAUAACAUGACCACCUUUCAAGUGAGAUUUUUCAACUCCACCGUUUUAAGUGGUUCAAACCAGUGUGACUUAAUGAAACUUAACACCACGUUAAGGUCCCAAGGCGUUACUGGAGGUACAAAAGGAGGCUCAAUAUGCAGUACUCCCUUCACAAAAGUUUGUACUUCAGGGAGAGAGGCCAAUUCCUUUUGAAAGAAAACGGAUAAGGCCGAAAUCUGAACCUUAAUAGAUCCUAAUUUUAGGCCGAAAUUCACUCCAGUUUGCAGGAAGUGAAGGAAACGGCCCAGAUGGAAUUCUUCCGUAGGAGCAUUCCUGGCCUCACACCAAGAAACAUAUUUUCGCCAUAUACGGUGAUAAUGUUUAGAUGUCAUGUCCUUCCUAGCCUUUAUUAGCGUAGGAAUGACCUCAUCCGGAAUACCCUUAUCCGCUAGGAUCCGGCGUUCAACCGCCAUGCCGUCCAAUGCAGCCGCGGUAAGUCUUGGAAUAGACAUGGACCCUGUUGCAACCGGUCCUGUCUUAGAGGAAGAGGCCACGGAUCUUCUGUGAGCAUUUCCUGCAGAUCCGGAUACCAGGUCCUUCGUGGCCAAUCUGGAACAAUGAGGAUUGUUCUCAUUCCUCUCCCUCCUACCAUCCUCAACACCUUGGGUAUGAGAGGAAGAGGGGGAAAUACAUAGACCGACUGGAACACUAGGUGUCACUAGGGCAUCUACAGCUACUGCCUGAGGGUCUCUUGACCUGGUGCAAUACCUCUGUAGCUUCUUGUUGAGGCGGGACGCCAUCAUGUCUAUCUGUGGCAGUUCCCACUGACUUGCAAUCUGUGCGAAGGCUUCCUAAAUAAGUCUUCUCUUGGAUGCAGGUCGUGUUUGCUGAGGAAGUCUGCUUCUCAGUUGUCCACUCCCGGAAUGAACUGCUGAAAAUGCGCUUACAUGAUUUUCCGCCCAGCUGAGAAUCCUGGUGGCUUCUGCCAUUUCCACUCUGCUCUUUGUGCCGCCUUGGCGGUUUACAUGAGCCACUGCGGUGACUGGAUCAUAACCGGUAGGUCGCGAAGCAAUGUUUCCGCUUGCCGAAGGGCGUUGUAUAUGGCCCUCAGCUCCAGGAUGUUGAUUUGAAUACAAGUUUUUUGACUUGACCCAAAGACCUUGGAAGUUUCUUCCCUGUGUGACUGCUCCCCCACCUCGGAGGCUCGCGUCCGUGGCUACCAGAAUCCAGUCCUGGAUGGCGAACCUGCGACCCUGCAGAAGGUGAGCACUCUGCAGCCACCAUAGGAGAGACACCCUGGCCCUAGGGGACAGGGUGAUUAACUGAUGCAUCUGUAGAUGUGAUCCGGACCACUUGUUCCGUAGAUCCCAUUGGAAAGUCCUCGCAUGGAACCUGCCGAAGGGAAUGGCCCCGUAAGAUGCCACCAUCUUUCCCAGGACCCGAGUGCAGUGAUGCACUGACACCUGUUUUGGCUUUAAUAGGUUUUUUACCAGAGUCAUUAGUUCCUGGGCCUUCUCUAUCGGAAGAUAAACCCAUUUCUGGUGCGUAUACAGAAUCAUACCCAAGAAGGGCAGACGAGUCAUAGGAACCAACUGUGACUUCGGGAUAUUGAGAAUCCAGACGAGUUGCUGUGACACCUUCAGCGAAAGUAACACGCUGUUCAACAACUGCUCUUUUGAUCUCGCCCUUAUUAGGAGAUCGUCCAAGUAUGGGAUAAUUGUGACUCCUUGCUUGCGUAGGAGCACCAUCAUUUCCGCCAAUUACCCUGAAAUUGGUAAUGACAAUACUGCACCGUAAUUCUCAGGUACGCCUGAUGGGGUGGAUAAAUGGGAACAUGAAGGUAUGCAGCCUUUAUGUCUAGAUACACCAUAAAAUCCCCCCCUUCCAGGCUGGCGAUGAUCGCUCUGAGCGAUUCCACCUUGAAUUUGAACCUUUUCAAGUAUAGGUUCAGAGAUUUUAAUUUUAAAAUAGGUCUGACCGAACUAUCCGGUUUCGGGACUACAGCCAAGGUUGAGUAAUAUCCCCUUCCUUGUUGAAGGAGGGGAACCUUGAGCACCACCUGUUGGAGAUACAAUGUGUGAAUUGUAUUUAAUAUUAUCUCCCUUUCUGGGGGAGAAGCUGGUAGGGCCGAUCAGGAAAACCAGCGAGGAGGCACAUCUUUGAAUUCCAGCUUGUAACCCUGAGAAACAAUUUCUAUUGCCCAGGGAUCCACCUGUGAGUGAACUCGGAUGUGGCUGAAGAGUCGAAGACGUGCUCCCACUGGGGCGGACUCCCUUAGCGGAGCCCCAGCGUCAUGCGGUGGAUUUAGUAGAGGCCGGGGAGGACUUCUGUUCCUGGGAACUAGCUGUGCCCUGCGCCCUUACCCCUGGUAAGAAAGGACGCUCCUCGUACUUUCUUGUUUUUCUGCGACCGAAAGGACUGCAUUUGAUAGUGUCGUGCUUUCUUAGGCUGUGAGGGAAUAUAAGGCAAAAGAUCAGAUUUACCAGCUAUACCUGUGGAGACCAGGUCCGAGAGCCCUUCUCCACACAAUUCCUCACCCUUGUAAGGUAAAACCUCCAUAUGCCUCUUUUAGUCGGCAUCACCUGUCCAUUGCAUGUUCCACAGGACACGUCUAGCAGAAAUCGACAUAGCGUUGACUCUAGAACCCAGUAGACCAGUGUCUCUUUGAGCAUGGAAAAUAAACUACCAAGGUAGGAAAGGCGCUGACAUGUGUUGUAAGUCCUCAAGCUGCUGAAUGGAAGGGCUAGUUAAACCCUUGUUAGAAACAGAGAAGAUAAAAACAAUUCAGCGCUACUGACUAAUU